AUGUCACCUCAAUACUCGGAGCUCAUGGAACGGUUCAUGCCACUAGACUACGCUGCGACAGACACAAAUGAGGAGCUUGUCAAGACCAUUAUCAAUCACAAAUACACUCAAGACGAGUUCCAAGGCGUAGUGGACGAAAAGCGACGUUUGAUCAUUGAACGUCUCCUUGACCACUUUUGUGCAAUCCAGGGUAUUGAUACAGAGUUUUAUCUGAGUACGCCUAAAGAGACUUGCUCAGUCAAAUUCCGUGAUGACGAGAGGACUUUUGUGAUCCAGAAUCUACCUGACUACGAAGAUCCACGUCUUAUCGCAGAAGAAAUCUGCGAGCACAGGAUUACAAGAAGGGAGACGAAGGGAUUGUUCAGCAAACUACGACAGACAGUAGUGGAGAACGAGAUUCAGAAACUCGCAGAGAAGAAAGGCUUCGACAUAUCCUUCUUUGACCUGGAAGAGACAGAUUUCUACGACGAUGAACCAGAUAGUGAUACCGUACAGAAAGAUUGCCCGACCACGCCAGGCGCGCCCGACAGCCACUCUCCUCCCCAGCCUCCCAGCACUGUGAAUGAGGGACAACUGCCUCCUGUUUUGAUCAAACGGCGAAUCGACAGCCUCGAGGAUACAGCGUCCUCUGCCCCUCCUCACUCUCCCUCGAUCCCUCAAACUCCACCCAUAAAUCUCACUUCUUCUCAGCCCUUACAUCUCCCACCCCCAACUACUCACCUCAAAUCACCUGAACUCCAGCAUUCACUCAUUACCACCAGCCGUGAGGAAGCCCAUCGCCAUAACCUUCUCACCGAUCCACAGCAAAAACAACACGAAUCUCAGACAACCACGAGACCUCACUUUACCGAGACAGCUACUGAAGAGGCGCCAAAGUUACAGGCCACUAAAGCGACAGUGACUGAAACACCAGCGACGACAGCUCUCAAGGUCACUAAAGCAGAAGUGAUGGCGUCCACGACAACCCCAACUCUGGACGAGUUGGACAAGAUGUCACAAGCGGCUCUUGAGCAACUCCAAGAGAUCAAGGACCUCCAAAAUUUAGGAGACCCCUGGAAGACCACAGCCAUGAAAGCAGCGAAAACCGGGCUUAGUGCACUACUUUACAGACUGCAAAACGAGGGACACGACCAAGCCCACGAAACAAUCAAGGGUAUUGAGAAAAAAAUCACCUUCAAAGCGUCUGAAAUCCCAGAUGGGUUGAAAGACUAUCGAGUGAAAUAUGCAUACUCAAAGUACGAGCCGAAGGCCCUCACGUGGCGGGAAUACAUCCGCAUUAAGGUCGCGACGUACCAUGCAGAAGAAUACCUUGGUAUACCUCACAAACCGGCCAGAGCUACAAGAAAGAGGACUAUAUCCAAGGAUCUAGACACAAAGACUACAUCCAAGGACAUAGACACAAAGGCUGCGACCGAGGAUCGGGUGACAAAGGACAUUAUCAAGACUGAAGAAGACAGAGCGCCAUCAACAUUGGACAGUCGGUCUGUGGUGUUGAAAAGGAACCAUCUCAAUCAAGAGGAAGACAGGGCUUCUAUAACCUCAGGACACAAACGACAAAAGUCUAUAACAUUAGACGAAACCCAGACUGAACUUGUCUUUCGCAUCAAGGGUCCCUACUGGUUAGCAGAUGGCCAACUGCACGGCUAUACAAUCUACUCGGUAGACUUCUUCCGCCAGGGAACCGUGGUAGCCUACUUGAAGAGAGGUUAUGAGCUGAUAUGGCAGAGGGUCGAUCCUGGGGAAGACGGGACUUACAAUAUUGGAAGAAAGGUUGCCCACUCGUACUCGAAACAUGGGGACAGCUUCAGUGAACACGUCACAGCAGAGAACUCGUGGGUUGAUGGAGUUCCUGACAAGAUAAGAAAGACUGGGCUCGAGGCUAGAUUUUUCCGCCAUGACGAUAGAGGAUUUCUAAUCUUCUAUCGCAAGGGCAACGAAUUCACAUGGGGGUAUCGCACUCCGUCGUCGCAGCCUCAUGGUCAUUUCGAGAUCAUCGGCGACGAGGUCAGCCCAUUGAACAAUAUCGACUCCUUUUACGAUGAGAAGUGGAUUGCGGACAACAUCGAGCAACCGACCUACACACAAGACGAAGCUGAAGAAGUUGACAUGCUUUGGUCAAAUGCUUGA